AUGGAACACCCAUCAAGCCUUGUCGGAAUUGGCGCCGACUUGAAGGUGCGUCGACCAGCGAGAUCCAGGAAUGGAUGCUUGACAUGCCGGCGUCGAAAAGUUCGCUGUAAUGAACAACGUCCGCGAUGCGCUCACUGUGCCAGGCUGAGCCUCGAGUGCACCUGGAGACAACCAACACAGGCACAGGCACAGGCCAGUAUCGCCAGAUCAUCGCCAGCGAGCCUGGAGAGAACAUCUGCCGUGGAGAAUCUCCAGGAUGGACUCCAGCUACCCAGUCAAACGCCAUUUACUCAGUUCUUCGACCUUCCAGGUCUUCCAUGGCAAGACACGUCUAUUCCAUCUACCUCCAACUGGCUCUCUGGCAACUUUCUCAAUCUAAAUGAUCCAGUGUCUCAUCUAUCAGUAGAGAACGAUACGAAUUUGCCACAAACACCACAAAGCAAUGCAUCAACGACCCAGCGUCCACAGCCAUCAAUGACACCUUCAACAAUCAAAGCUGAUGCAAGCGACGAGGAACUGCUCCGUGCCUUUCUCGAAUCUCCGGUCCAGUCCAUCCUCAUGUCCGUCGAAACCCAAAUCAGAUGGCCAUAUAUGAAAAAGACUCUUGUAUCGAUGUCGAAAUCUUCGAAAAUGGUUCGCUGUGCCAUCAUCGCUUUUGUGGCUCUCUUGUCUCGUAACACAGACGGUGAGCUUCAGUCGCGACGGGCUGGUGUCUACAAGAGCGCUGCUGUAGAACUAUCGGAGACGAUUUCUAGGAUAUCCCUGGAUAGUAUGAAGCUUGAUGAUGAGCUGCAGAAUAUAUUUGCUACGGUUUUUUUUGUUAUCAAGCUGGUAACUGGUCGUGCUGGACAGGCCAAUGAAUAUUUAAACAAAUCUUUCAGAAUGUUCCAGAUGCGGAAGCAAGCAGAAUUGAAUAUCACAGAGAAACGACUCAUCUCCUGGAUUCGACUGAUUGAUGCGCGCGCAGCCUUAGCUGGAGGCGAUGGUUCUUUUGUUACAAACGACAACGAAAAUAUUUAUGCAUCAGAUGCAUUCCACUCUCGCCGCACAGCAAGCCCCGAGCCCGGAUACCAUGAUACUGCCAUCGAGGAGAUCUUAUUCGAUACGAUACACAGGCCAGGGGCUAUAUUUUUCCAAAAAGUACUCUCCUUCAUGGGACGUAUUUCAAAAAUCGACCCAUGGCAUCGGAGUCGAGGAACGGUCAAAGAUGAAACGGAAGUCAUGGCCAUCGCAAGCCAGAUCUCUCAGCAGCUAUUGGAGCUCUACACAGUCCGACCACCUCUCAUGGACUACGCCGUUGCCGGACACAUUACCCAGUCGCAUAUCAUGCAAAUCUUGGCCGUGACCAUAACCCAGAACUUCCGUGCUUAUUUGGCCAACUACUAUGCGUGCUUCAUCCAUCUGCACCGGGUCGCGUACAAGUCUCUUCCUCGGACAGAAGAGGUUAUUGACGCAACAUCAAAUAUCAAGGGGUUGAGUCGAGAUAUAGUAAGUGCGCUGGGGCCAAAUGAGUCAAUGCCAGUGAGCAUGCUAUGGGCACUUGUAAUGUGGGGAAGUGAGGAAGAAGAUGCUACAGAGCGAGUAUGGAUUCUGGAAACUAUACGUCGAAUGGAAAGCACUGCGAGUAAUGCCCAUGCUAUGGCGGAUGUGUUGGGAGAGGUCCAAAAACGGCAGGACCAAAACGGACAACGAGUGGACAUUCAAUCGGUUAUGCGGGAUAUAUUCGAUCAAAGCUUUGCUCUUCUAUGA